AUGGCAAUCGAAUCAGCAAUCCUCACCGAAUAUGCUGCGGUGAUAAGCACGGGCUAUCCCAUGGAGUCCAAAUCGCCACGCGCAGAAACGGAGAGAAUUACCUUGGCAAACAGCAUCAACUACGGGCCGUGUUCGGGGCCCGACGGCACGGGAAAGCUGCUGGCGCAAAUCAAGGCCCGCGCCAUAACCCUGCUCGAUGGGACUUGGCACAAGCGUCAAGUACGAUGGGUACAGAAUGAUUGGGAUGUGUUAGAGGGCCAGUCCAAGGGGUAUAACACCCACGCCCUGAUGAUCAGUUGCGGCACCGUCACGAUUGAUAGAGCGGCGUUUGGUGAUCGAAGAGUUCUGCUGAUCUGGAACAAAAACACGAAGGCAUGGCAAUUACCUAAAGGCCGCAAGAAUGUCCACGAAGAUCUCGCCGCUGCGGCAUUCCGCGAAACCACCGAGGAGACCGGCGUGGCCGUGCGGCCUCUCUACCUGAGGUUUAGGACUAGGUUUACGCUGCCGGACGACGGACAGGAGGGCGUCGCGAAGAAGCUGCGACAAAGACUGGGAGACUCUCUCAACGAUAGAAGAUUGAACGAGAGUGGGAUUGCAAAUUUGCUAAACAAGGAUACGUUCUACUUCAGCCAGUAUCCUGACCCGGCGACGGGGGCGAUGCGGCAUAUCUAUUGGUACGCCGCAAGGCCAGAGAGGGGCACGGUGUCGGACGUUACACUGAUGGGCAAGGAAGAUGCUCAGGUGAUGAGGGCACAGUGGUUCCCAGCGGGUGAAGCAGUGGACAGGCUGAAGAUGUCUGUGGAACGGGACGCCGUCGCGUUGGCGGUUCACUAUGCGGAGCAGAUGACUGAUGAAGAGUGGAGAUACUCAUUCGAUUUGGAAUAG